ACCCAAGGGUGAGCGCCGUUGAGCGCACGCUCAGAGCAGACUGCUGGAAGCAGGCAGGACGGAGAGUCUAAGACACUGGGGCUGACCGCUAAAGGGAGGGAAAGGCGGUCAAGGAAACCGGCCAGGCCAAGUACGCGAGGUGACAGCAAGGAGAGUCCACGGCCAGCAGCUGCCGGAGCAGCCCUACACCUUAUGCGCGGACGCCGAGCAGGCGGGGGAGCGAGGACGCGCCGGGCACUGCGCGCUGACCCCGCUGGGGCGCACGGGUGCCAUGGCCUGCGAGCGGCCUCCGCGCACCGACAUCCCUCGCAACCUGAGCUUUAUAGCAGCCUUGACCGAGCGCGCCUACUACCGCAGCCAGCGGCCCAGCCUCGAGGAGGAGCCGGAGGAGGAGCCGGGGGAGGGCGGGACCCGGCCCGGUGCCCGCUCGCGGGCUCACGUUCCCGGUCGGGGGCGUAGGGCCCGCUCUGCGCCCGCAGGUGGCGGCGGCGGGGCACGGGCAGCCCGCAGCCGCAGCCCUGACACUCGCAAGAGAGUGCGUUUCGCCGACGCGCUGGGGCUGGAGCUGGCCGUAGUCCGCCGCUUCCGCCCGGGGGAACCGCCCCGGGUGCCCCGCCACGUGCAGGUGCAACUGCAGAGGGACGCCCUGCGCCACUUCGCGCCGUGCCCGCCGCGCACCCGCGGCCUCCAGGAGGCGCGCGCCGCCCUGGAGCCCGCCCGCGAGCCCGGCUUCGCCGCCCGGCUGCAGGCGCAGCGCAUCUGCCUGGAGCGCGCCGACGCGGGUCCUCUGGGCGUGGCCGGGAGCGCGCGCGUGCUGGACCUGGCCUACGAGAAGCGCGUGAGCGUGCGCUGGAGUGCGGACGGCUGGCGCAGCCUGCGGGAGUCGCCUGCCGCCUACGCCGGCCCGGCCCCGGCCCCACCGCGGGCUGACCGCUUCUCCUUCCGCCUGCCGGCGCCUCCGGUCGGCGGCGCGCUGCUUUUCGCCCUCCGCUACCGUGUGACCGGCCGCGAGUUCUGGGACAACAACGGCGGCCGUGACUACGCGCUACUUGGGCCCGAGCACCCGGGUGGUGCCGGAGUCGCGGAGCCCCAGGGCUGGAUCCAUUUUAUUUGAGACUAGGCUCCUGCCGUCCACAACCGGGGGAAAAACAAAACAAUCAAUCAAACAAACAGAGGCACCCAGGCGUGGGGGGAGGCUGUGGCAUCAGGAACCCGGGAACCACGAUUGGCAGAUAGGUGGAGAGCGGUCCCAGAGAGUCAAGCAGAGCUGGCUGGAAACCGUCUGCGAGGCUCAGAGACUUUAGGGUGGAGAACAUCAGCUUGGGUGUAAGUGGAAGGAACUCAAGGAAUUCGAGAAAGGAGUCCCAGGCUCUGGAAAGUUAAGCCUCCUUGGGCUAGGUAGCAUUAUGGAUUGAGCACGCUUGAUGAAGUCCAGCCCAGUGAAGUCAUUCGGAUUGCUUCCCUCUUACUGGCCUUACCACCUCAGGUCCCCAGGUCCUUCCCAUCCCAGCUUUAUCUGAGCCGAAAUUGCCUUGCUUAACCCCAGGAAUUUGACCAUUGGCCCCUGGGCCCUGGCAGUAUGACAGGAUUCCCUUGACUCUCAGCAGUUUGUUGGCUUCAGUCUUCAAGGAACGGUGGGAGAGGGUCCUUCAGCCACCGGACAAGCCUCGUUAGGAAUAUGGAUGGUUUCAAAACUAACUCUGGGCCUGCCCUUUUAAUAGCCAAAUAAUGGGGCGUCUAAGGGGUUUGCAAAGUCAGGCUUCCAGAAAAAUGAAUGCCAGCCUUA